AUGUCCGACCCAUUGGCCGCCACUAAUUGUCAAACCGAUGCCAUGCAAUCAUUGGAAAAGGUAUUACAAAACGUCAGGUUUGGGGCAAUAAUUGGCCCAAAGUAUGAGCAAAUGCUAGACAAAAACGCAAAUAUCAUACAAACACAACCGCAAGAGUCCGACUAUUCACUGAUUUUAGUGGCCAGUUGUGCGAAACAAACGGUUAAAAAGGUGUUAGACUUAGCUGUUGACCGGAAAUCCGACCCAAAGUUUAUGUCACUUCUAAACAAUGCAUUUGUCGGCGGAAAGAGUGGUACUAAACAUACGGAUCGGGCGUCGGCGGUGGCCAACGACGACAAGGAAGAGUGGCGGGGGUUUGCGGUCCGACAGACGGUUAGUGUCGCCGACGACGGCGGGCCACAGGAGGCGCGCAUUAUAUCGCAACAUUUAUAUCGGUCUAUAAAUAACCAAAAACCCAGUGUUUGGUUCAUAUUUUCAGGUCGAGUGCCAAACAUAAGCGAUCGGAUGCCGUCCCUAAUGACAAACCAGGCGUUCCGGGUGUCCAUCGAAGAGUCGGCCCGUAUACUUACCCUACUGGGGGUCGAUCUCAUGGCAUAUUUAAGCCAAACACCGACCGAUCGCCAGAAAGAGACCACCGAAGCGAUGGUCACGAGAUAUCGGAUCGUAACGUUCGCCUAUCAGAUGGCUUUUGUGGACGCCCUGAGCGCACUCGGCAUCACUCCCGACGGUUAUAUCGGUAUGUCUAUGGGAGAGCUCGGGUGCGCACAUUUGGACGGUGUGGCCAAUAGAGAUCAGUGUUUCAGGCUAUUGAUGGCCACAGGAUUGCCAACUGGUCUACCAGAGGGGCGCAAGUACUUGAGCGCCCUAAUCGACUGUCCAUGGUCAGAGUUGGGCGCACUACUCGCCCCCACAACCCUAAUUAGCCCAUACGGUCAUUGCAACCAAAAUCAAUCCAUGGUAAUCGGAGAAGAGGGAGCCGUUAAGGCACUGGUGGCUGACAUGAACGCCACUCCCGGCGCCCCCACAGGCAGAACACUGGCUCCGGGCGCGCACUUAAUGCACACCGAAGGGGCGUUUGUACCGGAUUUUUACGACACUGUAGUAAAACGAUUGGCCAAAGCGGUACCUGAGUUGGUCGGGCGGGGUCGGGGUCCCAGCCAUCGAUGGCUACUCACAGCGGCUAUGAGCCCGGGUGUGGUCAGCCCGGAAUACAGCGCCGGGGCUAAAGACUUUUCACUUGUCCAAUAUUUUGGCCGCGUUUUGGUCUCUCAUAUGUACGUAAAAGAGGCGGUCGAUCGGCUCCCGGCCAACGCCCUGGUCAUCGAUGUCGGGUCGGGCGGACGGUUCCGUGACUUUGCCCUUAUUGGCAGACCUCAGGCCCGCUAUUUUGACAUUCAAGGCAUUGAUUUGAACAUCAAUUCUGUGUCCGCUUAUGGGUUGGACGGACUGUUGCGCGAAAUGGGAUACCUGUUUACUACCGGUGUUUUGCCCUUGACACUGUGA